AUGGACCUGCCUGGAUAUGUACCGCCUGUAUAUGAAAUCCCACAGAAAUGCAUGACGACAAAGCCACAGGGCGAGGCGUUAUGUGUCAUGGGCGAUCUAGACUGCAUCUGCAAGGCCAGCAACUCACUUGAACACAACACAGAGUUCAACCAGCAGUGCGUUCUCGACGCUUGCUAUGGUGACAUUGGCAGAGAAGAGUUCCUUGAUAGUCUCUUUUACCACUGCAAGAAGGUAGACAAGGAGCUCACCGACAUACCGAAACGAUGGGAGCCCUACCUUCCAGCCACAUUCCCUUCCGCACCCGACUCGACGACUAGUGACCCCAAGAAUCCUGCGCCUGCUCCAGCCGGUGUCAAGCUCAACGUCCAAUCCAUUGUGGGAAUUGUCAUCGGCGCCCUUCUCGUCCUUGCUAUAGUUUUCGCAUUGCUGUGGCUCUGGUGGAAGAAAAAGAGGGAGGCCAAGAAGCUGCGCGUCGAAAACGCUCAGAUGCUAGACGCUAUGAACCCUGACGGCGUGUCUAGGAGGAUCAAUACCUUAAUGAGCGACUCAUCAAUCCGUCACUUCUCAGAUCGCCAGGAGAUCGACAGUACAGGCUCCGACGCCGCAGCAUCAAGGCACGGUACCGCAUCCACCUACAACGACGCGACACUCGUCGGCUCACCGCGGAGCACGACUGUCUUCCCCCUCAGCCCUACAACCCCUAAGAGCCCAAUCCCCGAGUACGGUACAGCCGAUGAAGACUGCGCCAUGUCGACGUUCGUCAGGUACCCCGGUCACAAGCCGUACAACGAUCAAUUCGAGCUACCCAACAACCAGCUUCGCGGCAGUCAAGUCAUGCAGGGCCAGCGCAAUACGCAAGAUGACUCAGCGAGCGAGUACAGCGCACGCCGACCUAGCUACGGCGAUGACUCCAUCGACAUACGCCAGGACAGGGAAUCGCGAGCACAGUUUGAACGGAUGCAGCGGGAUGAGUGGGAGAGAAAUGGGGAUCUGGAGCCACGCCACAACCGGGGAGGUGCAUUUUGA